AUGGCCCGGGAGCUGAGCCAGGAGGCACUACUUGACUUUCUGUGCCAGGCUGGGGGGCGAGUGACCAAUGCCGCUUUGGUGAACCACUUUAAGAGCUUCCUCCGAGAUCCGGACGCGCCCCCUAGCCUGCACCAGCGCCGCCGCGAGCUCUUCAAAGGCUUCGUCAACUCAGUCGCCGCAGUGCGCCAGGACCCCGACGGCACCAAGUACGUAGUGCUCAAGAGGAGGUACAGGGACCUUUUAGGGGAGGAAGGGCUGCAGAGACCCCGCGACUCACCCGCGGCCGCCGCCCCUGCAGGGGGAGCUGCGCCCUGCGCUCGGCGAGGUGAGCCGCAGUCCCAGCCCAGGCAUCUGCGUGACAAGGAGCGACAGGAAGAGCCAGCAGGUGCCUCAGCGCGAGUCACGAACGCAGGUUGCAAUGGACUGUCGGCCAGCCGCGUCCGGGAGGCGGUCCCGGGAGGCGGCAAGCCGAAGGUCAGCUCCAGCCAGAGGGCGCCGGUGCCAGUAGCAGCGGCGGCGCCUGCCCAGUCUGGAGUGCGGUGCGCGGCAGCGGGGACGCAGGGCCGCUGCUGCUGGGAAUGCCUACACAACGGCUUAGUGGGUCUCCCAGGUGAGCCGCACCUGGGCGCGUUCUCAGACCCCGCCACCAACCGACAGAAGCCAGCGCGGGCUCCGCUUGCCCAGGAUGACUGCGGGGCUCCGGAGCAGCGUCUGGAAGGCGUGCCGCCUAAGCCAGCGCAGGAGCCGAUAGUUACCCCCUCGCUUCCGGCGACCGUCGAGGCUCCCCGGAGCGGGGUUUCCCCGCCAGCUCUCCUGCCUCGCCCUUCUCCCAUGGGAGACCAGCCAGAGCUGUCGGCCCCAGGCGCCCUACACUAUUCGACCUUGCAGCAGCAGCGCACUCUUGAAUGGGUGGCUAGACACCCCCAGAUGCAGGGGGCCCGGGACCAGAGCCCCAUCCGCGCCUGGUCAGUGCUGCCAGACAACGUCCACCAGCUGCACUUGGAGGCUGGCCCGCCUCUUUCUUCUCACUCACUCUUUCCUGUUGUUCCCGAUGUGUCCUCAGAAUCCCGGUCUGGUAACCUUCCCUUGACAGUCUUUCGUAGCAUCCGUUGCCAGUUAUCCCUCCAAGAUCUGAAUGACUUUGUGGAUCAGGAUAGCCACGGCAGUGAGGAGAGCAGCAGUGGGCCCAAAGAGUCCCCCGGGGGUUCUGAAGACAGCUUGCAGGUUACCCUGGGAGCCCCAGAUUGGGGAAAGCUCAGGAGUCCCGCUGGAGGCAUUUCUGUAUCUCCAAAUGAGGGUAGCACCAGCAGGAGCCCCCAGGGCCUCAGGAACAGGGGAGAGGGACACACUUCUCAGCAAAUCCCAGCAGGGGCCAAUGGCCUGGCAGGCCACCCCCAGGGACCUUUGCCCUGGCCAGCUCCCAAAUUAAGGCAAUCUCUCCGGAGGAGCUCUCAGGCAGGGAGAGCCAAAUUUUCCUCCUCUGAUGAGGAGUUGACUGAUGAAGACUUGCUAAAAAGGAGUCGGCGCCCACCUCGCUCCAGGAAACCCUCCAAGGCAGGGGCUGUGCCCAGCCCGAGGGUGGAUGCCCCCUUGACACCAAAACCUACAGGCAUUAAGGCUGUUGUUACUGAACCAGGUUGGUCACACAGCUCAUGGGCCACCCAUAGGGAGGGGCCUACAGCCUUGGGCAUGCACAGACCUGAGCACAAGUCAUCCUUAGUGCCCCUAGAUGCCAGGGAACAUGAAUGGAUUGUGAAGCUGGCCAGUGGCUCCUGGAUUCAAGUGCUGACCUUGUUCUCGGAGGACCCCCAGCUGGCUUUGCACAAAGACUUCUUGACUGGGUACACUGCUUUGCACUGGAUGGCCAAGCAUGGCAACCUCAGGGCCCUUCAGAACUUAGUCUCAGGAGCACAGAAGGCAGGGAUUGCACUUGAUGUAAAUGUGAGGUCCAGUUGUGGGUACACCCCACUGCACCUUGCAGCCAUUCAUGGCCACCAGGGAGUUAUCAAAUUACUAGUGCAAAGGUUGUCUUCUAGGGUGAACAUUCGAGACAGCAGUGGAAAGAAGCCGUGGCAGUAUCUGACCAGUAAUACCUCUGCGGAAAUAUGGCAGCUACUGGGAGCCCCUCAAUGCAAGCCCAUUUCCCCUGUCUAUCCAUUAGUCCAAAGUUCUUCGCCUACCAGGAAGACCAAGAGCAGGGAAGUAUCUAGAAGUGUCACCCGGAAAACUUCCUUUGCUGCAUUACUCAAAAGCCAACACAGCAAGUGGAAAUUGGCUAACCAUCAUGAGAAAUUCCCCACUCCAAGGGAAAGGGAAGAGUAUAGUGACUGA